AAUGAUGGCACUGGAUACAGUUCGAAGGACUUAAACGAGUUGGGAAUUAGCUGCCAUCUCCAACAUGCCGUCCAAGCCUGCCCCAAUCAAGAAGGCGGCUAAGAAAGAACCAGCCAAGAAAGAGGAGGCAAAGGCUCCAGAGCCGGCUCCUGAACCCGCCCCGGAGCCCGCUCCCGUGGAGGCCCCCCCGGCUGAAGCUGCGCCUGCCCCAACCGAGGGAGAGGCCCCUGCUGCCGAGGGAGAGGCUGCGCCACCUGCUGAAGCUGCUGAGGCACCUGCACCAGAAGAGCCUAAACCACCUACGCCCCCACCACCCAAAGAGCCCACAAGCGCUCCUGUGGAUCUCUUUGUUGAGGAUAAGAACGACACUUCGGUCACUAUCAUUUGGAGCCAGCCAGAGAAUAUUGGGGCUUCAGGUCUAGAUGGGUACACCAUUGAAGUCUGCAAGGAUGGAACUGAGGAUUGGAAAGCAGUUAAUGAAGAACUGCAGAAGUCUUCCCGCUUUGUUAUCAAGAACCAAACCACUGGUGACCGCCUGAAGAUCCGAGUGGUUGCUGUGAACGAAGGUGGCCGCAGUCCUCCCGUUAGCCUCCCUGAGCCUGUGUUGGUGAAGGAGGUCGCUGAUCGUCCCAAGGUCCGUCUACCUCGUUUUCUUAGGCAGAGAUAUGUCGCUAAUGUUGGAGACAAGAUCAAUCUGACCAUCCCCUUCACAGGAAAACCCAAACCUGUGGUCACCUGGACAAAGAACGGGCAGCCCCUUGACACAAAGAGGGUGAACAUUCGCAGUACCGAAAGAGACAGCAUCCUGUUCAUCCGUGCGUCUGAGAGAGAGGACUCUGGAGUGUACGAGAUGUGUGUGAAGGUGGAUGACUUUGAGGACAAGGCUCAAAUUACCCUUCAAAUUGUUGAGCUGCCAGGGCCUCCUGCCACUGUAAAGAUUGUGGAUACCUGGGGUUUCAAUGUUGCUCUAGAGUGGACUGCACCCAAAGACAAUGGAAACACAGAGAUCACGGGUUACACAGUGCAGAAAGCGGACAAAAAAACUGGAGACUGGUUCACUGUGUUGGAGCAUUACAACAGACUGACUGCCACCAUCUCAGACCUCAUCAUGGGCAACACCUACAAGUUCAGAGUGUUUGGUGAAAACAAGUGUGGAAUGAGUGAGAGUGCUGCUGUUACAAAAGAAGAGGCCAAGAUCUUGAAGACAGGCAUUGACUACAAGCCUCCUGACUACAAGGAACGUGACUUCAGUGAGGCACCCAAGUUUACCACAUCCCUGGCUGACCGGGCCACUACUGUUGGCUAUAGCACCAAGCUGCUCUGCUCCGUCAGGGGAUCCCCAAAACCCAAGAUUGAGUGGAUGAAAAACCAGAUGGUUAUUGGAGAUGACCCCAAGUUCAGGCAGAUCUGUGUCCAGGGUAUCUGCUCCCUGGAGAUCCGAAAGCCUGGCAACUUUGACGGAGGUGUGUACUCCUGCAGAGCCAAGAAUGAUCACGGAGAGGCAACUGUCAGCUGCAAGCUGGAGGUCAAACAGCCAGUGAUUGCAGAUGCCGACAAGAAAUAAGCUGGCAUCAUGACGCUCACAGGAAGGUGCUGGAUUCCUGGAAGAACAUGUAUAUAUGGCUGGUGACCACACUGCCUAAUGGAUGUAGACUGAUCUAUCGCCAAGCGCUAACAAAUAUUAUGAAGAACAUUGAAUUAUGAUGAAAAAUAAUUACAAUUAAAUAUUAAAUAUCAUCAGUAUCGCUACAACUGCAUUUUUAAGUCCAUAUCCUUGCCCACAAUCAGCUUUUUCCCCAACAACAAAGUCUAUUGUAACUAAAUUAUGAAUUUGUCAGACACUGUUCUUUCCUAUUUUAUCAUCUAACACCAAGAAUUUUGCAGGAUGGAUCUUCUGUUCCUCGUAGGAGAACUACAUGUAACAUCAAUGAGUUUAUACCAAUAAACUAUUUAAUUUCUGGUUUUA